AUGGAAUUUGGUGCAUUUUUAACUUCAGCUGGGAUUAAUAUAGGGUUAUGCAUGGUUCUUUUUUCUUUAUAUUCAAUAUUGAGAAAACAGCCAAGCAAUAGAGUUGUGUAUUUUGGGAGGAGAUUAGCUUCAGUACGUAUAAGAAAUGAUGAUUUCUUCUUCAUAGAUAGAUUUGUACCUUCUCCUAAUUGGAUAGUGAAAGCUUGGGAAACAACUGAAGAGGAAAUAAUAAAAAUUGGUGGCCUUGAUGCAUUGGCUUUUCAAAGGAUGCUCAUUUUCAGUAUUCGAAUUUUUGCCAUUGCUGCAAUUGUUUGUCUUCUUCUGGUGCUUCCAAUGAAUUAUUAUGGCAAAGAGAUGCAGCACAAGCAGAUCCCAGCUGAAUCUUUGGAUGUUUUUACAAUAGGAAAUGUCAAAGAAGGUUCCAAAUGGCUUUGGGCACAUUGUCUUUCUUUAUAUGUCAUAUCCUUUACAACCUGUAUUCUCCUUUUCUUGGAGUAUAAAAGCAUUACUGAAAUGAGACUAGCACAUAUAACGAAAGCUCCACUUAAUCCAAGUCAUUUUACAAUUCUUGUUCGAUCAAUACCAUGGACUCCACACGAAUCAUAUAGUGAUUCAGUGAAGAAAUUCUUUACAAAUUAUUAUGCAUCCAGCUACUUGUCACACCAAAUGGUCUAUCAACGUGGCAUUCUUCAGAAAUUAAUGUUGGAUGCAGGGGAAAUGUGCAAAAUGAUUAUUCCUAAUUCUAUUAGCGGGAAAAGUUUAAGGCCUUAUUGUGUUUGUGUAACGAAUACAACUUCCUUUAAGAUCCUUACUAGUGAACCAGAAAUUGUGAAGGAACCCAUCAGCUACGCUGAUAUUGAUCUAGUUACAAGAGAAAAUGAGUGUGCUGCUGCUUUUGUUUUCUUCAAGACUCGUUAUACUGCUGUGGUUGCUGCACAGAUGCUUCAAUCUUCAAAUCCUAUGUUAUGGGUAACAGAAUUGGCUCCAGAGCCACAUGAUGUUUUCUGGUCAAAUCUCUCUAUAUCGUACAGACAGCUUUGGUUGCGUAAGAUAGCAACGUUAUUGGCUGCUAUAGUCUUCAUGUUUUUGUUUCUUAUUCCUGUCACAUUUGUUCAAGGCUUGACUCAACUAGAUAAGUUAUCAAAAACAUUUCCAUUUUUGAGAGGACUCCUAAAAAAGGACUACAUGAGACGUGUAAUAACUGGGUACUUGCCAAGUGUCAUUUUAAUGCUGUUUCUAUAUACUGUUCCACCUAUGAUGAUGUUAUUCUCAUCAAUGGAAGGACAUGUUUCUCGAAGUGAAAGGAAAAGGAGUGCUGGCUUAAAAAUCUUAUAUUUCACAAUUUGGAAUGUUUUUUUCGUUAACGUUCUCUCAGGCUCUGUUAUCCGUCAAUUGAAUGUCUUCACUAGUUUCAGGGACAUACCAAAGGAACUUGCAAAAGCCAUACCUAAGCAGGCAAGCUUCUUCAUGACUUAUGUUUUAACAUCAGGUUGGGCAAGUCUAGCUUGUGAAGUAAUGCAGUUGUUUCCUUUUAGCUAUAACAUGUUCAAAAAAUUCAUAUUAAGAAUUCAAGAAGAUUCGUCCGAGGAUCUCAUGUCCUUUCCUUACCAUACAGAAGUUCCUAGGGUUUUAGUUUUUGGUCUUAUUGGCUUCACCUGUGCGAUCAUGGCUCCCUUAAUUUUGCCCUUUAUGCUCGUUCACUUUUUCUUGGCUUAUCUUGUCUACCGUAAUCAGAUUCUCAAUGUGUACAUACCAAAAUAUGAAGGUGAAGGACGCUUUUGGCCUAUUUUUCACAAUACAACAAUCUUUUCAUUGGUGUUGUCACAAAUUAUAGCAAUUGGAGUGUUUGGAAUGAAAGAAUCACCAAUUGCAUCAAGCUUCAUGUUUCCACUAGUUAUUUGCACUAUUUUAUUCAACGAGUAUUGCAGGCACCGAUUCUCCCCUAUUUUCCAAAAGGAUGCUGUGGAGGUUCUUAUAGAUAUGGAUCGGCGUGACGAACAGUCAGGGAAAAUGAAUGAAAUCUAUCAACAGUUACAUUCUGCAUAUUGUCAGAUUCCAAUAGCGACUCAAAAUUUUUGUGAAUCUGUACAUAAGUGUAAUACAUUUAAUGAUAUUGAGAGCAUACAGUCAGGAUUAGAACACAGUGAAGUUAGUGAAGUUGGUGGAGUAAGCCAAGUUAGUGAAGGUAGUGAACCAUGGGCUAUUGUCAAUCUUGAAAGAGAAUCACCUAUCAUAAGAAUUUAA